UGCCACAGUCAUGAGAAUGCACAUAAAUUCAUAAUGAGUGUAGCUAGCUGUGUCAGUGAUGGUAGAGAACAGUUACAAUCAUAAGUACGUAGGGCUGGCUAGGGUACGAUAGCAUUACAUGUAUCCGGGGAGAUGGGUGCAGCUGACUUCCACUGUGCCAGAAAGAAAGUAAGUAAUAGUUAGUUCAGCUUCACAGCGGCAGACUCCAGGGCAGUGGGGGAUUCCGGCUGUUGGGCCUAGGCUGUAGGAGCUGUCGUGUGAGAUCAUGGACAGUGAUACCGGCGAAACCGGAGAAGCUGAAGAUCAAGUUGACGAACUGCCGGAGCCUGUCGACCAAGAUAUUGCUGGCUCAACAACAACAGGGAGGGGAUCUGCAGCAGCUGUUGCCGCUGCUGCAGACCAACGUUGGGUGCCCAGAACUGGUGACGUGGACAGGCCUCGUUCAGCGUCAUCGCCAGCCCGAGUAUCUAGCGCUGGCGGCAAAUUUCGGAGCAAGGCGCGCGCUGCUUUCAAUAACUUAGCCAAUGGAUGGGUCAUUCCAGUACCUACCAUUGGCGGAGCUUUUCGGUCUGGCGAACCAAUCUGGUUUUUGGGCCAGCAUUAUCAUGGCACAGCAACAUCCCGAAAGUCACGCUCUUUCAGCCUCGACCAAAAGUCCAGCAAGAAGGCAGCAGACUGUCCGGGCCAUCUUGCAGCCUUCCUGUCCGACUUUCACUCUCGCUUCUGGAUCACGUACCGGCGGAAGUUUGCCAUCAUUGGCGAUUCGUCCUACAGCUGUGACACUGGCUGGGGCUGCAUGAUACGUACUGGACAGAUGCUUGUUGCACAGGCACUGUGCGAGCUGAUGCUGGGCAGAGAUUGGCGGAUAGGUGAGAAGAGCAAAAAGGCUGACGGAGUGGAGCACCAGCUAGUGAGCUUGUUCAACGAUCGGAUGGCAGACGACUGUCCGCUGUCCAUUCACAAGCUCCUCAGUCUGGGUCACCAGCGACCUGGUCAGUGGCUGGGGCCGGCCGAGGUGUCACAUCUCUUACGGAAAGCGGUGGAUGAAGCGUACCAUCAGUGUCCACCUCUGCAAAACUUCAGGAUUUACGUGGCUCAAGAUUCCACAGUAUACAAAGGAGAUGUCCAUGACCUGAUGAUAGGAGCAAACAGAAGCCUGCUGAGCAGCGGCGGCAGUAGGCGGAGUAGUGGUGUUGUUGAUGCGGAUGUCGGUGAGGGGCAGGCUAGUGCUGAGAACUCCGUUCUAGUUCUGGUACCGGUACGCCUGGGCAGAAGCCGUCUCAACCCGAUAUACGCACCAUGCCUGCAGACUUUACUCGCUCUGGAUUGCUGUGUGGGUGUCAUUGGUGGUCGUCCCAAACACUCACUCUACUUUAUUGGCUGUCAAGGGUCAGAGCUGAUCUAUCUGGAUCCACACUUCUGUCAAGACUUUGUCGACAGCUCACGUCCAGGCUUUCCAACUGCAAGUUAUCAUUGCCAGAGUCCACGCAAGAUGUCCAGCAAGGCCAUAGACCCAUCCUGUGCACUCGGUUUCCUCUUUGACAGCCGAGAGCAUAUGGAGCGUUCAUGUCCUAAGAUCACGGAGUGCGCCACACCACCCAUGAUGAAGACACGCUACCCCAUCUUCACAUUCAGCGAGCAGCGCCUUGCCGACAUUUCCAGUGUUGAGCCGCGAUGUCGCAACGUGCCGUCCAUUAGGCGACCGCAGCUCGGAGAGGAUGCGCGAGCCGAGACUGCAAGCUUGCCAGCACCUGCACUGGCUAGCACGUCGUUACCGGCGGCAGGAGAUGCGGCGCAGCAGCGUUGGUCAGACGGAGAUCUCGAUGACUUUGUGCUAAUGGAGAGCUGAUACCAGCCAGACAUUCACACAAGCCAAUGUCUUUUCUCCUCUCAUCCACUGUGUAGUGGAGUGGUUGACUGUCCCGUACGGCUGGGUGGCCAGUCCUCUGUGCUCACAUCUACUAGAUGUCUCGCCAUGCCAGAGAUAGAACACACACUCCACCGCCGGCAUGAGUGCUAUUUUAAAAGUUCUUCACCAUCAGCAUAACAAUCAUACUGAUGUUAAUUUUUUUUUUAACUACGUACUACUGUCCAAAAGCAGCGGGACUGCCAUUUCAUCAGGUGUACUCAAUAAACAAUUGUUUCUUUUUUUAAUUUUUGUUGAAUAUAUGAAUAAAAUUUAAUUCUGUUACGCAAUCAGCAUGUCUUUAUGUGCUUGGUAAAGAUUUCAAAAUUAUCAUCAAUUACCAAAUCAAGGGUAUCCGUUAUGGACAGUUUUAUUGAGAACUACAAUAAAAAUUUACCUAAAAAGAGUUUUAAUUUUCAAAGAAAUUGCUUCUUUACAUGACAAGCUAUCCUAAACUGGUGUUCUCUCGUACAAUAUUGCGUUUUGGUUCCUCUUCCUGUAUCAUUGGUGCGAUUGAGAA